AUAAAACUUGCCAAGUUUGCGACAGCUUUCAGUUUCAGUUUUUGUGAUCUAAAAUUCUAAAGAAUUAUGUUUAUUAUUGAUUGGUAGAUAUUUCAAAUGCUACAAAGAUUUUAAAACAACAUGGAGAACGAUAUAUUAGACUCCCUUAAUGAUUUGGGAUAUGAAGGCCCUCUCCAAGAUGAAGUGUCCUUCUCAAAGGCCCUCGAUGGAGGCCCCAAGUCCUUGGAGUAUACCAAGCUUGUGCACAUCUUAGCGGAGGAAUUGAAGAGCCUUUGCAACAUAGAAGAGACAGUCAAUAUGAUGAAUGAUCCAGACGACUCUAGUUCUUUUCUACUAGAGUUGAGUUCUUUUUUGAAGGAACUUGGGUGUCCUUAUAAGAAAUUGGUGACAGGUCACAUGUCAUCACGUCUCCAAAGCAAAGAGGAUAGAAUCCUUCUCCUAGAUUACUUAGUGUCAGAGCUGAUGGCUGCCAGGAUGGUCAGCGUGGACUGUCCAAAAGAAAAACCAGGAUCUGGCAUGGAAAUUGUAAUGCAUGAAUCACCAACCGCAAGAGAUCUGAAAGACAUCCUAAUAACCCUCAAGUUCAACAAGCCACCACCAAAUAUUACCCCCGAGGUAUUGUUCUCCAAACUGACAGCUAAACUGAAGGACACCAUAACUAAGGAAGGUGACCAGCUAGUAGGCAAGCCACUAUACAAUAAGGCGUUAUCGGAAAAAGAUUGGAAGAAUCUAGAAACUGCCUUCACCGAAAUGUUCGAGGAAUACAGACUGAGGAGAGAAACACUUAUCACUAGGUUGGAAUGUACCAUACAGAGUUUUGAGUGGUCCGACCGUCUCAAACAAAAGAAAGAUCACAUUCAAUCAGCGUAUAGACCGAAACGCGAGAACUUAAAGGUCAAGCCAGAUGUGAAGUUCUCAGACUUCCUCGCUGCCAGAACGGAUCUACUGCAAGUGGAGAAGACCUCUAGUGCCAGCGUGAGGAAGAACACACAGAGCGAAGUCAACAAAGUGCUCAUUGGCAGAGUGCCAGACCGAGGUGGCAGACCAAACGAGCAGCAACCACCGCCACCGGAGAUGCCCUCCUGGCAACAGAGAUCUGCACCACAGGGUGGAGGCGGUCGAGGCGGCGGUGGCGGUGGUCGUGGCGGUGGCGGUGAAUUCCGCGGCGGUCGUGGCGGUGGUGGCGGUGAUUUCCGCGGCGGCCGUGGCGGUGGCGGCGGUGGCGCUGGCGGCGGCGGCGGCGGUGGCGGUGGCAGGGGUGGCAGAGUACAAGGCGGUUACAACCAGAGUAAUGAUCAGAGACCACAGACAAGCCCCGUCGGUUACCAAAACCCGCGCAACUACCAAACCUACGAAGUACCACCGGGCGGUUAUCAGCAACCGCAACCAACUGGUUACCAGCAACCGCAAUCAGGUUACCAGUCGCAGAAGAGCUUCGACGGCGCUUACAACGGGAGUCGCAGCUACAGCAACCAGGGCGGUUAUAAUAGCAACCACAACAGCCAGGGUGGUUAUAACAGUAGCCAAGGUUAUAGUAGCAACCAAGGCGGCUAUGACAGUUCUAGCGGUUACAACCAAGGCUACAAUCAAGGAGGCGGCGGUGGUUACAAAGGUCAGGGGGGUGGUUACGGGCAGGGGGGAGGGUACCAGUCGCGAGGAGGGGGGUACCAGAACGAGCACGAUGACCGAGACCGACGCCGCGGUGGUGGCGGUGGUGGCGGUGGUUACGGGCGCGGCAGGCGUUGACAUAAAGCGUACAUCACUACACAGUUGACCACCCCGCUCAUUGUAACCUUAUAGCGAAUAAAUAUACCUUCUAUUUAUGUUGCGUUUCAAUUUUGUUAUUUUUUAACUUUUGUAAUAAAACUUUCAUUUAAAUGCAACAGCAUUUUCGAUAUUUAAAAUGGCCACCAAACAGAACAGCUGUUUUAAGGCCCGGCGGUGGUUACAGUCGCAGCAGGCGUUGACAUAAAGCGUACAUCACUACACAGUUGACUACCCCGCUCAUUGUAACCUUAUAGCGAAUAAAUAUACCUUCUAUUUA